CAAUCAAAUAUAUGCACACACACACAUACACACACACACAAACUCACUAAAUAAACACAAAAACUACACCACAAUGAGAGGUCACCAUCUCCUCCUCAUCUAUAUAUACACAACACACCCAUCUCUUCAACCUACAUCACAUUUUCUUCCCACGAUCAUAACCUAGCCGUACUCCUCUUCCUCCCUAUAACAAGAAAGGAGAAAUACAAAAAAAAAAAAAAGAAAAAAAAACAUGCCUUCAAUAGCACUCUCAGAUGCCCACAAAUUCCUAGACCUCAACUCCGUGAAGGAGCUCCCAGACACCCAUGCAUGGACGUCACCGCCCCUCGACGUCGGUGGCUGCGACGGCCCGGAUCCCGAGGGCGUCCCCAUCAUUGAUAUGAACGACGGGAGCGCCCAGGAGCUGAUAGGGCAUGCAUGCAAGACCUGGGGCGUGUUCCAAGUCAUCAACCACGGCGUCCCCAAUAAUUUGCUAGACGAAAUCGAGCAGACGGGCAGAAGCCUUUUCUCCCUCCCCAUGCACCAGAAGAUGAAGGCGGCGCGUGCAGCCGACGGUGUGUCGGGUUAUGGCGUGGCCCGUAUCUCCUCCUUCUUCCCCAAGCUCAUGUGGUCCGAGGGCUUCACCAUUACCGGGUCCCCCACCGACCACGCCCGCCUCCUCUGGCCCCACGACCAUCGUCACCAUCAAUUUUGCAAUACGGUGGACGAAUACCAAAAGGCUAUGAACAAACUAGCUGGAAGGCUGAUGUGGCUGAUGCUGGGCUCGCUAGGCGUGUCGAGCGACGACGUCAAGUGGGCCAGCCCGAAGAGGCACGGCACCCAAGAAGGGUGCGCGGCCCUCCAGAUGAACUCUUACCCUGCCUGCCCGGACCCUGACCGGGCCAUGGGGCUGGCAGCGCACACGGACUCCACCAUCCUGACCGUCCUCCACCAGAGCAACACGAACGGGCUCCAGGUGCUCCGGGAGGGGGCCAGGAGGUGGACCACGGUGCCCCCGCACCCGGGGGCGCUCGUGGUGCACGUGGGCGACCUGAUGCACAUACUGUCCAACGGGUCGUACCCGAGCGUGCUCCACCGGGCCAUGGUGAACCGGACCCAGCACCGCCUCUCCGUGGCGUACCUGUAUGGCCCCCCAACAAGCGUCAAGAUAAGCCCAAUUUCGAAACUAGUCGAUCACUCUCACCCCCAAAUGUAUAGGCCGAUUACUUGGACUGAAUAUUUGGGGACUAAAGCUAAGCAUUUCGACAAGGCGCUGACGUCAGUGCGCCUCUGCGCUCCACGGACUGGAUUUGUCGACACCAAUGAUCAUAGUAGUGUAAGAGUUGGAUAGAGUUUGGAUAAUUGAUUGUGUAAUUAAAUAAUAUUUAUAGUAGUGUUUAACUGUAAUUUGACCAAUUAUUGAUGAGUGUUUUCAUUUUUUUACUAAUUUAA